AAGAAAGAUGCCAGUUCUUCAUUUAUCAAGCCUUCGAGUCAAGGUUAAAGCGAGAAAUGAUAAACCUAUACAAAAAAUAUCCAAAAAAAGAAAGUCCAACAGAAGAAGUGCUUUUAAAAGACUUGGAGGAAAGGGAAAUAGCAAAAAAUAAUUUGCUAAAUGUAUACAAAGACGCAUCAAAAUUAUGGAAUCAAGUAAAUGGUUUGUUAGAAGAUAGCGAAGCAGAAAUGCUGGAUUGAAUAAACACUUAUGCCUUUUAUUUCAGACGAUACAAACCCAAGCACAAUCAUUACUCGCUUGCAAUUAUC